CCUUCGCCUCCCUCUCCCUCCUCGCAUUCCACGCCCGCCGUGUCUCUCUCUCUCUCUCUCUCAACCAUGUCUCUCUCUCUUCUCCUCCUCCCUCUCCUCCUCGCCAUCCCUCCGCCGCAGUCGGCCCUUGCUCAGGCCGCCAACAUCUCCUCCUUCUCGUCCUCCGACCCCCCGUGGCUGCCCGGCCAGGGCCAGAUCCUCCUCUCGCCCAACGCCACCUUCGCCGCCGGCUUCCAGCCCCUCCACCCCAACGCCUCGUCGGCCCAGUACACCUUCUCCGUCUGGUACUACGGGAUCUCCCCCGUGACCGUCGUCUGGUCAGCCAACCCGAACUCCACCGUCGACGCCUCCGCCUCCCUCGUCGUCACCCCCGGCGGGCAGCUCUUCCUCAACUCCUCCGGCGCCGUCCGCUGGGCGAGGAACGCGACGGCCGCCGCGGCGCUCUCGCUGGGCGACAACGGCAACCUGAUGUUCGGCGCCUGGGAGAGCUUCAGCUCCCCCGGAAUCUCCCCCGGGGACACUUUCCUGCCGAGUCAGAACAUGAACGAAACCACGCUGGUCUCCAAGAACGGUCGAUUCUCGUUCGAUUCGGAGACUUUGACGUUCAACGGCACCGAGAUUUACUGGACGUCUCCGGAUAAGAAUAAAUUCCUGAAUCUGGAUGAUUCGGGGAAGAUCAGCCAAGAGAACGGCCAGUCCAUCCUCUCCGCCGACUUCGGCGACCACUCCGUCCUGCGACGGCUCACGCUCGGCGACGACGGCAAUCUGCGGCUGUUGAGCUACUCCCAGGGCGAGUGGACGAUGGUGUGGCAGGCGAUGCCGGAGCUCUGCAAGAUCCAUGGCCUCUGUGGCCGCAACUCGAUCUGCAUGGGCGACGGCGCCGAGGGCACCUACUGCGUUUGCCCGCCGGGGUUCCGCUCGUCCGCCGACGGGAACUACAAGUGCGAGCGGAAGGUCCCGGUGGCGAGCCGGCAGAAAGCCAAGUUCCUCCGCCUCGAUUUCGUCAACUUCACCGGCGGGCUGAACCAGACGAACCUGCAGGUGGCGAACUUCUCCGAUUGCCGGGCCAAGUGCCUGGCGGACCAGACUUGCGAGGGCUUCAUGUUCAAUUACGACGGGACUGGCUUCUGCGUCCUGCAGCUGGAACGGCUCCUGUACGGUUACUGGUCGCCGGGGGCGACGGCGAACGCGAUGUUCCUGAUGGUGGACCAGUCGGAGACCGACACGACCAACUUCACGGGGCUUACCUCGGUGCUCGAGACGACGUGCCCGGUCAACGUGACGCUCCCGUUCCCGCCGGACGAGUCGAGCACGACGACGAGGAACAUCGCGAUCAUCUGCACGCUGUUCGCGGCGGAGCUGAUCUCCGGGAUGGCCUUCUUCUGGGCCUUCCUGAAGAAGUACAUAAAGUAUAGGAACAUGGCGCAGACCCUGGGGCUCGAGCUGCUCCCCGCCGGCGGGCCGAAGAGAUUCACGCUGGCCGAGAUCAAGGCGGCGACCAAAGGGUUCUUGGAUCCGAUAGGGCGGGGCGGGUUCGGCGAUGUGUACAAGGGCGAGCUGAGCGACAAGAGGGUCGUCGCCGUCAAGUGCCUCAAGAACGUGGCCGGCGGCGACGCCGAGUUCUGGGCGGAGGUCACCAUCAUCGCCCGGAUGCACCACCUCAACCUGGUGAGGCUGUGGGGGUUCUGCGCCGAGAAGGGGCAGAGGAUCCUGGUGUACGAGUACGUCCCGAACGGAUCGCUCGACAAGUUCCUGUUCCGGUCGAGCCGCGCCACGGACCAAAGUGAGACGGGCGAGGCCGCCGCCGCGACCGAUCAGAAGCCGAUGCUCGACUGGGGCGUGCGGUACCGGAUUGCCCUCGGGGUGGCCCGGGCCAUCGCGUACCUGCACGAGGAGUGCCUCGAAUGGGUGCUCCACUGCGACAUCAAGCCGGAGAACAUCCUCCUAGGGGACGACUUCUGUCCCAAGAUAUCGGACUUCGGCCUGGCCAAGCUCCGGAAGAAGGAGGACAUGGUAAGCAUGUCCCGGAUCCGCGGGACCCGGGGAUACAUGGCCCCCGAGUGGGUCAAGACGGACCAGAUCACCCCGAAGGCCGACGUGUACAGCUUCGGGAUGGUGCUGCUCGAGAUCGUGAGCGGGGUCCGCAACUUCGAGAUGCAAGGGUCGCGGAUUGAGAGCGAGGACUGGUACUUCCCCGGGUGGGCGUUCGACAAGGCGUUCAAGGAGAUGAAGGUGGAGGACAUACUGGACCGCCAGAUCAAGCACGCCUACGACGACAAGAUCCACUUCAAGCUCGUGGACCGGAUGGUGAAGACGGCGAUGUGGUGCCUCCAGGACCGGCCGGAGCUGAGGCCGUCGAUGGGGAAGGUGGCCAAGAUGUUGGAAGGGACGGUGGAGAUCAUGGAGCCCCGGAAGCCCACCAUUUUCUACUUAGGAGAUGAGUAGGGUUUGGUGGAAAACAAGCGUAUACAGUGAAUCAGUAGAUGGCCUAGUCGGUUCGUGUUGAGGUGCUCUAGAGCCUAUAGUGUCAUUUGCAUCCAUAUAAAAGUAAAUAAAAUUUUGAAAUAAAUGUAUUUGAUUCUAAAAUUUGUUAUGAAAGUGUAAUUGCGUUAUAAAACUUUUAAAAUAUAUAAUCAAGUUCUAUAACUUGUUAUAA